CAAGCAAACCCUAUGGCCAAAAUCACAACUUUAAAUUAGUUACAGCGUUGUACAUUUAACAUUUUGCUAUUACAGCUCUCGCUCUCAAUCUCCUGAAAAAAACUUCAACCAGCAAAAACAAUGGUUUUAGUUAAUGUUCAUUCCGAUGGACAACCACUUUUCAUCAACAAAGACAUGUUGACCUGGUACUUGCUCAGCCUCAAGCUCCGCCAAAAAUUUCAAACCAAAAACAAACACUCGGAACCGGUUCAAGAUCAGAACCUCCACGGUUUACACGAUAUUACCAGACCGGAUCAAGACCAAAGUUUGCAGAACCAGAAACAGACUCAUUCCGAGCCUGGUAAGGAGGUGAUAGAAGAGAAGCCAGGAGACACCACAGGAGACAGUUGGGUGAUCUCAAUAAGAGACAAGCUGGAGCAAGCAAAUAGAGACGACGACACAUCAAUAUGGGGAAAGCUAUGCAUCUACAGAGUUCCACAUUACCUGCAAGAGAACGACAAGAAGUCGUAUUUCCCUCAGACCGUUUCCCUUGGUCCGUACCACCAUGGUAAAAAGCGUCUUCGGCCUAUGGAGCGCCAUAAGUGGCGUGCGGUCAAUAAGGUCUUGAAACGUUUAAAGCACCGCAUCGAAAUGUAUACUAAUGCCAUGAGAGAGCUUGAAGAGAAGGCUCGUGCUUGCUAUGAAGGUCCUAUAAGUUUGAGCAGUAAUGAGUUCACAGAAAUGCUUGUUCUUGAUGGCUGUUUUGUUCUUGAGCUUUUCAGGGGAACCGUUGAAGGCUUUCCUGAAAUCGGAUAUGCACGCAACGACCCGGUUUUUGCGAUGAGAGGAUUGAUGCAUUCGAUUCAACGUGACAUGAUAAUGCUGGAAAAUCAACUUCCUCUGUUUGUUCUCGACCGGUUAUUAGAGUUACAGCUAGGUACACAGAACCAAACCGGUAUAGUGGCACAUGUAGCCGUUAAGUUCUUUGACCCACUAAUGCCAACGGGUGAGGCGUUCACCAAACCGGACCAGGCAAAACUCAUGAACUGGCUGGAAAAAACCUUGGACACACUUGGUGACAAGGGUGAGUUGCACUGUCUAGAUGUUUUCCGUCGAAGUCUACUCCAUUCUAGUCCUACACCGAAUACAAGAUCUCUACUAAAGAGAUUAACUAGGAACACGCGAGUGGUGGACAAGCGACAACAACAGCUUGUACAUUGCGUGACGGAGCUAAGGGAAGCUGGUGUUAAGUUUAGGAAAAGAAAAACCGACCGGUUUUGGGAUAUUGAAUUCAAAAGUGGUUAUCUAGAAAUACCUAAACUACUAAUCCAUGAUGGUACCAAGUCUCUCUUCUCAAAUCUUAUAGCAUUUGAGCAGUGCCAUAUGGAAUCGAGCAACCACAUAACAUCCUACAUAAUAUUCAUGGAUAAUCUAAUAAACUCUGACGAAGAUGUUAGCUACUUGCACUACUGUGGUAUCAUCGAGCAUUGGCUUGGGAGUGAUUCGGAAGUUGCUGAUUUGUUCAACCGGCUGUGUCAAGAAGUGGUUUUUGAUCCCAAAGAUAGUCAUCUAUCUCGACUGUCUGGUGAUGUAAACCGUUAUUACAAUCGUAAGUGGAAUGUUUUGAAGGCUACCUUGACACACAAGUACUUCAAUAAUCCUUGGGCAUAUUUUUCUUUCUCUGCUGCAGUUAUACUGCUUCUUCUCACAUUAUGUCAGAGUUUCUAUGCUGUUUAUGCUUAUUAUAAGCCAAAUUCUAAACUUUAGUCGUUUUUUUUUUUAAUUUUCAUUCAGUUUGGAAUGUUUGUAUUUUCUUGUUUUCAACAUUUUCUUCUUCGUCUAUCCCAAAUUUGGCAUUGUAAUAAUUGGGAUUUUGAAAUCUUAUAUAAUACUAGUAUCACCAUCAUGAUCUCCUCUUCA